GUCAAAGAGAUGGAGACGCGAGGCGAUCGAUCGGCUAGCUGAUCGGGCAACCAGAUAACCAAGCAUGUCCAUGUGCGCUUUAGCCUGACUGCACGGGAUUAGCAGAGGAAGGAGGAGGGAAGCGAGUAGGUAGCUAAGCGACAGACGGACGGACGGACGUCUGUGUUGGCGGCGGCUGCCUGCAGCACGGGAAGGUGGAUGCGGUGUAGGCGCCAUCUCUUCUCCGGCCCAGUCCGCCUGACUCUGUACAGCAGGCUACCACCGUACGCCCCCUCCCCCGUCUCCGGCGGUCCGGCCACGAACAACUCCGGCGGAUCUCUCCUUCCUCCUCGCUCCUCCGCCCCGCCGCGCAUUCUUCAGGACAGAAGCUAAGCAGAUCAGCAGGGGACUGAGGAGGAGACUUGAUCCUGCUCCUACAUCAGGGCCGGCCGGGAAGAUGGGUUUCCUGUCGCUGCUCGUGGUGGCCUCCAUGCCCAUCGUGCAGGUCCUGCUCAUCGGCGUCAUCGGAGCCUUCCUCGCCUCGGGGUACAGCAAGGUCCUCACCGCCAGCGCCCGCAGGGACAUGAACAAGGUUGUUUUUACAGUCUUCACCCCAUCUCUCAUCUUCGCCAACCUCGCCAAGACGGUCACACUCUCCGACGUCAUCUCCUGGUGGUUCAUGCCGGUGAACAUAGCAAUCACAUUCCUGGUUGGCAGUGCUCUAGGCUGGCUAGCGUGCAAGAUCCUGAAACCGCCGCCGCAUUUCCGUGGCCUCAUCAUGGCCUUCUGCUCAGCAGGAAACCUCGGAAACUUGCUGCUGAUCGUCGUCCCGGCCGUUUGCGACGAAGACGGUAACCCGUUUGGGAGCGACCGGAACCAGUGCCGCUCGCGCGGCCUCUCCUACUCGUCGCUGUCCAUGGCUCUCGGUGGCCUCUUCAUAUGGACGUACACCUACAGUCUGAUGCAGAAGUCUGGCAAGCUGUACCACAAGAUGCAGUCCAAGAGCAUCCAGUGCCCGGCCGACAGUGACGAGGAGCAUCUCGAGGGAUUCAAAGCCGGCGACGAGGAAGCGGCUCUCCCGGCGUCCGCUAGACCUGAAGAACAGAAUGAGGGGAGCCAGAUUGAGGCUCCACUCCUGUCGUGCGAGAGCGAUGUCGCCAACAACAAAGGGUUCUGGACGAACCUGAAGGAGGCCGUGCACCAGCUCAUCGAGGAGCUCAUGGCGCCGCCGACCAUAUCCGCGAUAAUUGGAUUCGUUGUUGGGCUAGUGCCAUGGCUGAAGUCGCUGAUCAUCGGCGAAGGCGCCCCUCUCAGAGUUAUCCAGGAUUCUCUGGAGUUGAUGGGGUACAAAGCAACAUACCUGCUGAUGAAACUUUUUCCUGUAUUCAUUUUGAAAGCUCUGAACGUAAUUCAGUAUUCAUCCAGUCUCACUCCAAUGACUUCGUACUUCCAUUUGCAGCAAUGGCACUAUACCCUGCAUCACCCUCAUCCUCGGAGGAAACCUGACCCAAGGGCUGCGGAAGUCGGUGCUGAAGCGCACGGUGAUCAUGGCGAUCGUGUGCAUCCGCUACGUGGCUAUGCCGGUUAUCGGGAUCGCUGUCGUGCGCGUGGCACACGGCGUUGGGUUCCUUCCCCACGACCCGCUCUACCGCUACGUGCUGAUGAUGCAAUCCGCCCUGCCGCCCGCCAUGAACAUCGGGACCAUGGCACAGCUGUUCGACGUCGGGCAGGAGGAGUGCUCGGUGAUCUUCCUGUGGACGUACCUCGUCGCGGCCGUGGCGCUCACCACCUGGUCCACCGUUUUCAUGUCCAUCCUCUCCUGAAGCAGGCAACCACGAGCAGUUCAAUUUUGUAAGGGGUCAGGGAGAAUUCCCGUAGAUUCCAUUUGUAAAGUGUUCAUUACAGAGUUUGUAAGUAGACACGCCAUUCUUUCUGUAUACUAAAUACUAGUCCAUUUUUUCUGGAAAAAUAUACUGGUCCAUUUUCAGCC